GUGCAUUCAUCAUCGAACUCAGAGUGAUCCUCCCUCAUUCCACUGGUCCAACAUUCGGCCAUAGUUCUACGCAGAACUAUGUCGGCAGCUUCAUUCAAUCCGACGCCUGCAGAGCUUGCUCUGACAAAUCAGAUAUUCGCCACUGCUGAUCCUCAAAAGCUCGGUGUGAUCACGGGCGAGGUCGCAGUGGGAAUAUUCGGGGGCGCGAAUUUGUCGCCAAUCGUGCUUGGAGAGAUUUGGCAGAUUGCAGACGAAGGAAACAAUGGCUGGCUGUCUCACAAAGGCGUUGCUGUCGCUGUCCGACUCAUGGGCCAUGCGCAGAAGGGAGAGAAGGUGUCUCCCGCCCUGCUCAGCAAACCCUGUCCGCUCCCUAACAUCACUGGCUUUACUCCCGUCGUAGCACAAGGGACCGGUGCAUCCCGAACCAGGUCACCAAUUCCCACCGCUGGCAUGCCGCCCUUCACGCCGCAAGAUAAGGCCAAAUUCCAGAACAUGUUUGUCAAGGCAGGGCCAGUGGACGGCCUUCUUUCAAGUGACAAGGCGCAGGAAAUAUUUAUUAAAUCUAAACUUCCCAAUGACGUUCUCGGGCAAAUAUGGAAUCUAGCCGACACACAAGACCGAGGCCGGUUGGAUUCCACCGACUUUGCGAUCGGAAUGUAUCUUAUACAAGCCAAGAUGACGGGGCAACUACCGUCUAUACCCAGCACGCUCCCUCCUGGUUUCUAUCAACAGGUCGCUGGUCAGCCGCAAAGCACCAUCCGCACGCAGGCGACCGGUGGAUCAUUCAGUCCACUCGCUAGUUCUUUCUCACAAACCUCUUCGCGGAGCGCAGUCCAACCGCAAUAUACCGGAGGAAGCAUGUCCAUUCUUCAACCUCAGUCCACAGGACCUUGGCCAGCCAAGGCUGCUGUGCCACCACAGUUGCCGAUGCGCACCGGCGCAUCAGCGAUUGGUGGCGGUGCCUUCGGAUCAACCCCAGCUCAAGCUGCAUGGGAUGUCACUCCUGCUGAGAAAACAACUGCAGACCACUGGUUCGACUCCCUUGAUGUCCAGCGGCGUGGUUACAUCCAAGAUGAUGUCGCUGUACCUUUCCUACUGGAGUCGAAGCUUUCUGGCGAUGAUCUCGCUCAGAUUUGGGACCUUUCGGAUCUGAACAGCGAUGGCCGCUUAACCCGAGAUGGGUUUGCCAUUGCUUGGCACCUCAUCCAGAGCAAACGCAAGGGGGUGCCCAUUCCCAACAGUCUACCACCCACUCUGAUACCGCCACACCUAAGAAACACCGGCUCUUCGGCGUUUGCUGCUACGCCGGCGGCAGCAGCACCUCCCCCUCCCGAACCAGUCAAGGACCUCUUCUCAUGGGAUGAUCCUGUGCCAGUUCCUCAUGCGGCUCCGCCUACCGUGCAGCCCGCAUCGCCUCAGCACUCGGCAUUCCCUGCUUCACCGUUCAAUGCACCCUCCUCCGCUCCGCAGAGGGACUUGCUUGACGACGAUGAAGAGGCCGUCUCACCUGCCCCCGCUGUUCAGGAGCAGGCAGCUGAAAUCGGCAACCUCCAGAACCAAGUCAACUCCACGAGUCGCUCGCUUGCAAGUGCCCAAGCAGAGCGCCAGGCGCUGGAGACCACUCUCGCCAAUCAAGCAGCGCAGUUGUCAGCGCUUGAAACUCAACUGUCGACCGCCAAGGCUGCGUUCGAAACCGAGAACAAGCUGCUGUCAGGUCUCCGCGAACGACACAGCAAGCAGACCGCGGACAUGAAUACGGUCCGGGAAGAACUCAUUCGUGCUGAAAGCGAUCUCAGUGCUGUGCGCGUAGAGAAAGCGGAGAUCGAAGGCGCAUUUCUACGAGACAAGGAGGAAGUGCGCGCGCUCCAGAAGAAGAUGGUCGAAGCUGGGCUGGAUAUUGAGACAGCGAAGCUGGAUGUCGAGAAGGCCAAGAAGGAAGCAAAGCAGCAGAAAGGGCUUCUUGCUAUUGCCAAGAAACAGUUGAGCACUAAGGAAUCGGAGCGAGCUAAAGCGGCAAAGGAACUACAAGAAGCGCAAGCUGAAGCUGCUGCCGUGAUCGCUGAGAAGGACCACGUUGACCGGGCUAUCGCUGAGGUUGAGGCUCAGCCUGCUCUAGAACGUGCUACCUCUGGUGACUCGUUGGCUUUCGCUGCGUCUCAGCCGCUGCCCACCAGCCCGGAUCUAGGCAGUCCAUCGCACGCGUCGAGUAUCAAGAGCAAUAAUCCCUUUGACCGGCUGAUGGGCAAUACCACUCCUCGUCCUCAGUCUCCCUUUGCUUUACCGGCCGAUUCCAAUGCUUCAACGGACCCCUUCGGCUUGAAUUCUGCUUUUACGGCGGAAGGCAGCGAAACACCUCACGCCGAGGCUUUCCCUGCUGAGACGGCUUUCCCUGCUGAGGCGGCUUUCCCUACUGGGACUGUUUCUACCGAGGCUGGUCUUUCGCCACAGGCAUCCGAACCCAUCCCACUUUCCCCCUCUUCUGAGGAUGUCAGCGACAACGAUGUGUUUUUGACCCCCGUCACUGCUACGGGCCCUGGGUUCCCGGCCAUUGAUGACGUUGUAGCCACGGCUUCUCCAGCUGCGGCAGCAGAGCCCAAUGGCUUCGACCACUUCGAGCCUAACAAAGAAGUCGCGAGCGACGCGACGACGGUGAAAUCACAUCUUCCCGAUCAUGAAGAACAGGGCGAAACGAAUCUCAACGCCCAGCUCAAGGAGUUGGACAUCCAGGAGUCGGAUAGCGACAGCGAGGACGAAGUUCCGCUGGCGAACAUCGCCAAACGAAAAAGCGUCAACUUGGACACCCUGCCUGGUGCCAAUGAUGAACUGAAACCUACUGCGGUUGAAACUUCCUUCGACGAUGUGUUUGGCUCAUCGGAGCCUCCGGUUUCUUCUGCGUCUGGGGCGACACCGUUCACUGAUGCCUUCGGGAUGCCCUCUGUGUUCGAUGGGGCCAGCAAGUCUCCGCCUGUCGCCGAUGUGUCAGCCUUCGAUGAGGCUCUGGGCAAGCUGCCUGCGAGUGCCACUUCGCCUGCUCAGUUCAAUGCCUUCGACUCGGCAUUCGAUGACAACUUUGACUUUGGCACGAGCACCGGUGCCGCUGCUCCUGCUCCUGCCCCUGCUACCCAAAGCAGCUUCCCCCCUCCGCCGUCUUCGAACGGACAUGCUGUCUCACCCUUGCCGGCUAGCGCAACCAAAACUGACUUUGGAAACAUCUUUGGUGAUUCCCCAGCUGUAGGCAAUGGACCGGCAGCGGCCAAUGGGAGCGCGACCUCAGCUUUUGACGAGGCCUUUUCGGGGUUUGACACGAAUCCGAACUUGAAGAACCUCAGUGCCUCGCUUGAUACUACAGCUGCCGUCCCCUCGGCUGCGGCUGCUACAGACGAGCCUCUUUAUGCGCCGCCACCGUCUUCGCCGCCAGCUGCGCGGUCCAUUUCGCCUCCGCUCUCGCAUCGGUCGCCGCCGCCGCCGAACCGGGCGUCUCCCGCCAAAGGUCGCAGCUCAAUCGGGUCAAUGAAAGAGGAGAAGGAAAAGGAAAAGACAAGACGAGGACUUCUAAACUCAAUCCGUCUUCCGUUCGGCAAGAAGAAGCACAAGGACAAGGCCGAGGCUGUUCCGUCGACGUCGACGAGUGCGAUGACUCCCCCUCAAGAGGAGCCGCCGACGGGUGUUAUCGGCGAGGACGACGAUGUUCCGUCUGUCAAGCAGCUGAUUGGGAUGGGAUUCAGCCGCCCGCAGGCCGUCGAGGCGUUGGAAGCAUACGACUACGAUGUGCAGAAAGCACUCAAUGCAUUGCUCAAUGUGGCGGCAUGAAUGUAUAAUGGCCGUAAAUUAUCGUAUGCUACUGUCCCCUAGUGAAUAAUGGACUCAGGGAAUGUUGAUCGGAACUCUGAACGGAAGCUCCACUGGCCCAGAGAUGCCGUGCAGCCAUUUCUUCCAGUCCUGCUGUUUCGCGACUACGGAUCGCUGCGCUUCGGUCGGCCGAUGAGCGCACAAGACGACCGAAUACUUGGAGACAUCGCGGAACCGGAUGAUCAGCGUGUUCGCGCCCUCUGAAAGAAAAGGCGACACGUCAAACAGUCCGUCCGGGGGCAACUGGCCAACAGUGAGUAGUCAGCGGAAGGAGCUAUCUGGCACGAACAGCAAAUGGCGGAGACAGCGGAAAAGUCGUGACUUGGCCUUCCCAUACGGCAUCCAAAUCCAUUUCCCCUUGAUUUGUUCAGAUAACGCGGUCACACAAUGAGAGGGACCGUCACCAUUAUCCGGCCAAGAACACUCCAGCUCGGGAAGGAUCCGCAUCAUAUCGGUCGACUGCGCUUGUUCCAGCUUGGAGUUGACCUCAGACGCGAGGAAACAGAGCAGGCUGAUGCAGAGUGCCUCGUCGACUUCACUGUCCUCUUUCAUCCAUAUCAUUUAUCCGAAGAUGAGCAGAUUAUGCGCACCCCGGGUUCGUGGAUCGCCGGUUCCACUUGUUCAACGACACUGCUUGCAUCGAGUUGAUCGGCACUUCGAUCUUGAUCUGGCCCUUCGACGAAGGGUGAUGUCGAGCCAACACAAAUCCUUGGUGGAUCCCCGUCUCUUGUGUACAGUCGUCAGCAUAAUUCUUGUGUGACCGGCGAGCAUAUCGGCCUACUUUUCGAAAACUGGGCAUCCAAUGUCGCGCUCGCCUCAGGGAGUGGUGGGUUUCUGUCUGGAUUCGCAAGACGCUCGUUGGCCCCAUUAAUUAGAGAAUGCACGAUGCUUUGCACAGCAGAGGGUAUGUCAUCCAGAGAGUCGCCCAGCAACUUGCGCAGGUGUGCUGCUUCUGCCGCAAUCGCUUCCGACUCGCUCACAGCCCGCGCAGAGAGCGGAGGUUCAAUCGGCUGUCGCACAAUCAGUUCAAUGCAAUGUGGCAGACCGAAAACGCUUCACCGGUUCAGUCUACGUGUCGAAGCAUCAGCACAGUGAAAGGGACUUAUGGAACGACUUACAGGUCCUGUCAUUUCAGCGUCGUGCAAGUCGAUUUCCAUGUCGACAUCGUUGUCGUAGUCCAUGCGAAGGCCAGGGUUGGAGUCUGAGACUGGGUCCACCGCUUUCCGGAGAGGGUCUGCGAUGUGACCAGGUGCCUCGGGUACCAUCUCAUCUGCUGGAGAGGUCAUAGCCAGUGGCUGGUCAAGCGUCAAAGUCAGAGCAGGUUCUAUCGCAGGAGACAAGAUGCGAGGGUCUGCAGCUACGAAGAGUUGUCCAGCCGCGGAAGAUGGUUUUUGAACCACCACAGCAGGCGCUUGAACAACUGCGAUAGACGGCGCUUCAUCUCCAACAGACGGCGCUUCAGUUUCAACAGACGGCGCUUGAGGUUGAACAGAAGGCGCUUCAGCCACACCGGGCGCCUGUUCGAUUCCAACAUAGGGCUCUGCGGGCGCCGGAGGCAGAUCAACUUGCAGAUUGGAGCUCCUUGAGAUCUGGGCCUGGGAAGCCAGCUCCAGGACGGUUGGCGCGGUGAGAGUUGCAGGUGCAAUCAAGGUUUUAUCUUCGACAGGAGCGAGAGACUCUACUGCAGGCUGCUCCACCUUGAUGGGCAUAGGCGCCGAGUCUUCUUCGUCAGCCACUUGGAUCGGGGCUGCAAGCGUGCCCUCGCCCAACUCAGCUUUCUCUUUGGCCUUGCUGAUCUCCAUCUCCUGCUUCCGUUUUUCGACUUCACCCUGCACGAAUCGAGAGAGAUCGGGCUUCUUCUUCUUCCUCCUGGGCUCGGUCUUGACGGCCGACUUGGACGGCCCAGCCUGUGCUGAAGGAGUGGUCGGGGACGGCGCGACGGUCGAUGCUGGUGUGCUUGGACCCACAUCGGAGGCGGUGGCCGUUGGAAUAGAGACAGAGGCGGACAGAGAAGACGGCUCGGAUGGCAUCGCGGUACUAGAACCAGCCACAGUGGGGAUGGCCGAUGUGAGCGCGGACGCUAGCGAAGACGAGUUGGACCGGACUUGCUGCAUCUGAGCGGUAUUCGGGCUCACGUCAUGUGACGACUGCCUUGUGGAACGUCAAAAACCUACAGAUAUCGACGUGAAGGAUCACAUACUGUGGAGUGGGAGCCUCUUGCGAAAGGCUCAGCUCGAGGCGCUUGGCGUUCCGCACCAAGGUCUGAACGGUUUCUGAGUCCAUAAAUGUAUCGCUUCGCUUUGGCACGCACAGAUGUUACACUCACGCUGGAGUUCGGGUUCGACGAACAGAGACGUGAACUGAGCAAGAAUUGUGAUGAGACUGGUGUACGCCUGGUUCGUUGCGUAAUCUGACAGCAACGGAUUUGAACAAAGAACGCGGUCUUUCGCAUCCGAGGAGCAGAGGCAUACCAAUAGGAUAUUGACUAUUUCCGGCCGCGCCUCAAAGUAAUAAGCCUUGUCGCAGUUGAGCCAGGACCCGAAUUU